GUAAGAGAAAUUCUUAGACAAUAGGAACUGUGAGUGCCACUCGUCGCUCUCUCCCCGCAGCACCCUGGCUUUUUUUUCUUCAACUCAUCUAGUUCCCUAUGCUUCGCAAGACUUCGCUCUCCCUCUUUGCGGCGUCGCGUGCGCUUCUGAGCGGCGGCGCGCACCAUGGCCCGACGCCCUACCAGGAUAAGUCGUACCCCGUGCAGCCCCACAACCUCAACGAGCUCGAGCAGCCGCCGGAGAACUGGCGCAAGAGCCCCAUCAUGAGCAAGCUGAUGGACCAGUCCCUUCCCGUGUACGACGAUGUGGUCACGGGUGUGGGCCGUCUGUAUUGGCAGGAGCCUGCCCGCGCGUGGCACAUGUUCGAGGCCGAUGACACCCUCAUGCUCGAGGAGCACGACCGCGAGGAGUGGAACGACCGGCCGUACAUCGCCGUGAACCACCUCUACGAGCCUCCGAUUGGUAGCGAGGAGCGGCCGAUCCGCGUGGAGGGCACGGGUAACCCCGGUGAUCAGCAGAUGGUCCUGUGCUUCGGUAACUGCGCCCCGCACGUGCCGCAGUCGAACUACUACAUGAUGAUGAAGGGCUACAGCAAGACGAAGUGCCCCAUGUGCCAGCAGUGGUUCUACGUCCACAACCGCCCGUGGUUGGUGAUGCACCCCGACUGGACGGAUGAGCCGGCCGCGGACGAGGGUCCAGCGUACACCUUCGCCGAGAUCGAGGCGGAGUUUGACCGUGAUUUCCACGAGUUUGGCGUUUACCUCAACGCUGAGUAA